AAAACAUUCGAACAUGAACCAGUCGGUAAUGCGAUUACUCGGGAUCAACUAGACAGUACGAGUGCAUACUAUCGUGAUCGUUAAACGGUAAGAAUUGAGCCCUUGCCGGAUGAGAAGGUUAAGUUUGAUGGUCCGCUUUUUGUGCAUGUCACUGUACAGAUAGGAACAGAGGGAGGCCGACAAAAGCGUAAUACUUAGAUAUAGAAAUACAUCGAAAGGCAAACACGGCGCGGGCGCACUCGUGACAUCAGUCGUUCGCAGUCUAUGCGAGUGUUACGAUAGUGUGCGGUGGCGUCGCGACGCCGCGCUGGCGCAGUACCGUCAAUCGAUUCCACGAUUUCGUCUGCCCGUGUAGUGGCGAGGAAACGCGAACAGUGACGAGCACACACGAACUCAGGCGUAAAGAAGAAAAGGGGCUAUAUGCUGGUCGAGGAUUGAGCGCGAGGGUGAACUUUAGAAAGAAAGAGAAGGAAGCAGCGAGGGAAGAAAGAGAGUGACAGAGUGAGAGGACGGAGUGAGGUUAGGGAGACGAAAGAGGGAGAGUCAGAGGAGGUAUUGGUGCGCGUGUCUUUUAGCGACAACGCGUACGAGCUGAACGCGUACAGCAUCCGAAAGAGGUGACAGAUUACGGGGAAGGUUUGUUCGAGCUGAAAAAACAUAGCCGUGUAAAUUUCGGCUCUCGUGCCUCCCUCGGUUAAAAAUAUUCACGCACAGCCGUGCAGGAUGACGACGUUGCGGAUUUAGAAGAAACUAACGUAACUUUCUCGCAAGCUGGACGCCGGGAUCGAUCGUAAUACAGUCUUCUUAACAGCCGGGUGACACUGGCCCGAAGACAUGGAUUACCGGUCGUCUGUUGGCACCAGGUGCGAGGAUGAUUCCCUGGAGAACGAGAAAGGAAUUGGUGUUGCGAACGAGCAUAAAGGGGCGUCGAAGCGUGGCGGGACUCACACGCGUGGCACGGCCAUGUCGUUCGGGUUUCGGCGAAGACCGGCCUCCGGGAUACCGAUGCCGAUAAACAAUUACACGAGCGAGUCGAGCGUGUUCCACCAACGAUCGAAGUCGGCCGGGCCCGAGCAGAAUCGAAGGCGAGGGGACGAGGACACCGGCAACGCGAUUCACAAUUCGUCAUCCGGCCGAUCCACGCCCCGCCUCGCGCCCCCCAAGAAAGAAUCGAGCGGGAUCGCAGUGAGGACGAAUCGAUUCGGUUACAGGCAACCGCAAAGCAAAUUCACGAACAAGGUUGGCGACAUAUGCAGCAGCCACACCGUGAGCCACUACAAUCAAGAGAAACAGGAGGGCGGUUUCGUGAAGCAGCCGCACAGGGUGGUGGUGGGUGGUGGGCAGGUAUCGAGCCAAGUUGCGCAACCGACGUUCAAGGUGAAAUCGUCGCCCGUGCACAACACUGUCUCGUUCAACAACGGUGGCGCCCAUAUGGACGGGAAUCGAAGGGUGUCCGGUAUACCGGAGCCCGUAGGCAGGUACACGCUGCACACGAGCCACCUGCCGUUGCCACAGUACGCCGUAAGAAUGACAGACGCGAACUCGAAGAUCGCGAAGACCGCCGCGAAUCAAAGUAGGAAGGUGUCCGCGGCGUCGAAGAGCUCGACGAGCUCGAAAGAGGGGUCGAGCACCGAGGAUUCCGGGGUGGGUAGCCAGCAAGGCUGCCCCGAGAACGAUUUGAGGGGGAUGGAUUACGGGGACGGGUCUCUGUUGAGAAGGCACGGUGCGGGCAGACUUAGGAAUUUAAGGAUGGUUGUGAGCGGGAAGAGUUUCGACGUGAGGGACGUGAGGGACGACGACAGCACGGUAACGGAAAUAUCCGUAAUACCGUUGCCGAAAACGUUCACCUCGGCGAACACAGGAUUGGUGAGGGAAAGGGCAACGCAGUAUCAAAGGAUCGUGAACAAGGACAACAGGUACACCGAGUCGACCACGUCCAUGUCCACCACGUCCUCGGAAGGUUACGACGAAGGAUUGGGGGAGGAGAAGGUUUACAAAGACAGGUCGCAUUCCGAGAAGAUUCCCUCCAUCAAGUCGGACUUCAGCCCGCCGAGUUCCGACGAUCCUGAGUACGGCCACGGGGAAGCGAUGGCCGACGAGUACUCGUUAAGCUCGAGCGACGAGUGUCAGAGGUCAAGCUCUGCCCAACAUUUGCAAACAUCCUCGAAUCUAGCUAAAUCUGGAACGCUUCCCAAAACUGCUUUGCGCUCUGUCCUCCUCACCAUAGAGGAUCCUGCGUUUGCCGCAGCCGCGGCAACGCCGACCACUCUCAUAGAUGACGAAACCUCGCCCGUUGAUAGCCUUUUCGACAGCCUUACAGCCAGUAUUACCCAGUCCGAUACGAAAACUCCGAAGAAGGAGAACGCGAUGGAACAAUCUGGGACAGCGAUCGACGAUGAUAGCCCUGGAACGCCAACGAACGCUUCCAAUUCGUUGAGCUUGUCAGAGGGUAGAGAGUAUUUCGACGAUGAAAUCGCUGAUCAACCUGGCCUCGUUUUCGACGACAAUUCGAGGGCCGGUGCCGAGACUCAGUCUGCUAUGGUUAGCCAAGUCGUUACCGAGAAUAGUCACACUCUGGUCGAGUCCAGUCCUAAAACAGGUGCAGGACAUGGAAAAAACGCAACUAACAGCCCUCACCAUGGUAAACGAAUAAGCCGAGCCGGCAGUGUCGAUACUUUAUCCCCUUGUGAAUCUAUUGCUUCUGAUGACUUGAUAUUAGAUUAUGAGCACAGCGAUGCAAGCUCCUAUGAAGAACAACGAGUGGAGACCGGCACGGCAUUGCAAGAUAUGGAUAAUGCUACCAUUCUUUCCGAAUUGGAAGCUCAAGGUGAAGAUGUGAUGAGGCAAUGGUCCUCUUUGUUGAGUCAAACGCUGCAACAAACUAAUAAUUCCAACACAAUUAACAACAACGUGAACGCUGGAUCAGCCAAUAAUAAUAAUCAACCAGCCAACGAUAUAGGAAGCGAUUGUGAUAAAACAAAGAUAUGGCGAAAUAGAUCCGUGACUGAUUCACCACGUUCCAUAGAUAGCACGCGUAAUCGCCAAUUCUCUAGUCCCUUAAGGAUAUCAAGAAAUAUUCAAUCACCAAAUCUUGACUCUGGGGAUGAAGGGAGUCUUCGAGUUGAUCGUGAUACCUAUCAACACAUGUUUCAAGACAUUGUUUCUAUAAAAACAACGCUCCUGAAACUGAAACGAGUACUUCAACAGUCAGAAGAGAACGGUUUGACGAGGGUAGACACUCUCAACCCAUUCGACAACUCCAUGAAGAAUGGUCUCUUCUAUAAUAUGAAUGAAGGUGGCACCGCGGAUGUUAGUACCUCUCCUGGUAGUGGUGGUAGUAGUAUCGCGGAUGAAUUGGCCGAUUUACGUAGACAAGUUGUUUUUUUGCAAGGUCAAGUAGAAGAUAGAGAUCGAACUAUACAAGUACUGCAGUUCCAAAUAUCGAAACUUCAAGGACCUAAUGGCGAUGGCCAAACGUGUGCUUUAACUAAUCAUAAUAAUUUUUCAUCUCCAAAUACUUGUAAUGCUGCUACGCAAACAGAAAAGACACGACCAGUGUCGGCAGGACCAUCACUCCUGCAAACACUUCCACAGGAUGAUGUUAUGGGGCCUCUAGUUAGAUGGAAUGAAUCAUGGGAUCGACAUCAUCCUCCGUUGCUCGGAGAGCUUAAUGGUAACAGAAGCCCACGUAAGUCGACCGAUCGUAUACCACGUACAAUAAAAUCUCGUCAAGAAGAAACCUUGCAUCGUCAAAAUGGGCAUACAGAUAAAUUACCCGUUGAUAAUCUUUCUUCGAACAAAAGAAUUGUCAAAUCGAAGGAUACAAAAUCCACUGAAUCGAACGACAAGGAGCAACACGAGACAAAAAGGGAAGAGAAAUCGUGUAUUCCAACGGCUAGAAAACUUGCAACAUCGACUUUAAUACCACGGUCAGCGAGGGCUUUAACCUCGACAGGCCGACCGCACAAUACGUAAUUACUUUAUUUUGAGAAAUUUCAUUGAAUUUUUUGACUUUACUUUCGUUUCAUCGCGAAAAAAUUGCUCAGAUAAUUUGAUAAUCUUAUUCUUUAUGUAGCAGAAUGAAAUUAUUCUUUCAUCCUUUAAUUUGUAGCAGAUAAGUUGCUACUAUGUGAUAGAUAUGAAUGCUAUAUAUAAUUUAGAUAUAUAUAUAUUUUUAUUUCAAUUUUGAAAUACGAAAGAAAUUUCUAAAUAUUUCAAUGAUUACCAUUUUACACUAAGCAUAUAAUUUUUUUUCUUAUUUUUCUUAAUUUUUCGAUGAACAGCGAAAGUGAAAACGUUUUCAAUAUUUCCUACGCAUAAAUUGCAAAAAUAAUGUACAAAUUAUAUGUUGAAAAUUAAGGACAAGUCAUAAGUUCCUAUCAUUUAAAGUUAUGUUUCAUUUGGUUCUGUCACUUCAUAUGUAGAAAAUACCACCAUGGUCAUUCUAACAUUUAAUUGAGAUCAUUAAAUUGUAGAAAUUAAUUUUUGUGACUAUCAAUUAUUAAGUUCUAUUUGACUUUGUUUAAAGAUAUACAUUCAUUAUAUGGAUGUAUAAUUUGAACUUUUAUUUAGAAAAUAUUUUGAGUAAUGUUUGUGAUAUUAUAAAAAAUUAUCCAUUAUAAAAAAUAUCCAUUUAUCUUGUUGUGUACAUUUUUUA